AUGAAAGCCCUCUAUUGGAAUAUUAGAGGGAUAAAGAAGGCUGCCGCAAGGUUAGCUUUGAGGAAUAUUUUAAGGGACAAAAGACCUGAUUUCCUUUGCAUUGCUGAACCUAUGAUUCCCUCCGACGCCUUUCCUACGUUGUUCUUCAACAAGCUGGGUUUUGACCCUGAUUUCAUCCAUAACGAGCGUCUAGGCGGAGUCUCAAAUCUAUGGCUGAUUUGGCGAAGAGGUGUAGCAAAGCCUGUUGUGCUAUCGUCUUCUGAGCAGCAAAUCUCUGUCUCUGUGCAAUGGGCUCAGGAAAUUUUCAUCUUAUCUGUAGUGCAUGCCAAAUGCCUAAGAGCUGCUAGAAGAGAAUUGUGGACCGACUUGGUGGCAACCCAUCCUGGGCUGACUACUCCUUGGAUGAUUCUUGGAGAUUUCAAUGCCACCCUUCUCUCUUCUGAAAAAAGGGGGCCUGGAAGUUUCAACCUUGGGUCAGCGGGAGAUUUUGGCGCAAUGGUGGAUACUUGUUCACUAAUUCAAGUUCCUUCGCAGGGAAGGAAAUUCACAUGGACUAAUAACAGGAGAAGGGGACAUGUCUCUGCAGUACUCGAUCGAAGCUUUUGCAAUGAGGCCUGGAUUUCUUAUUUUCAAGAAUGUCACCAAUUUGUCUUGCAGAGAGUGGCGUCUGACCAUACUCCCAUUCUGGUGGUGUCUGAAGGCUCUGAAAGACCAAAAAACUGUCCUUUUCGCUUCCAGAGGUUCUGGGCAGACCAUGAGGGUUAUCUAAAUGCAGUUAAGUCCUCCUGGGUGAAUGACAUUCCUGGAUCGCCAAUGAUGGUUAUGGCUCAAAAAUUAAAAAGAUUGAAGGUCUUCCUGCGCUCCUGGGCAAAAGAAAAUUUUCCAAAUUUUAAUUUGGAGAUGAUGGAAGCAAAAAAAUGCAUGGAGGAGAUCCAGACUGAAAUUGACAGAGAUGGGAUAAAUGACUCAAUUUAUGCCAAAGAAGCUGAUGCAAAGACCAGAUAUCUGAAGGCCCUGCAAAAUUAUGAGAAAUUAUGGGCUGAAAAAUCUCGUUCUAGAUGGAGGAAUCAAGGAGAUAGAUGCUCAAAAUUUGUUCACAUCUCAGUGAAGAUUCGGCGAAUGAAGAACUCCAUUAAAUCUCUGAAGAUGGUUGAUGGGACCCUGAUCUCUGAUAGAGAGCAGAUCAAGGAAUAUGUUGCGGGUUAUUAUGAGCGUUUUCACAAAGGUACUCCCCUUACCAAUCACAUGGAUUUAUUGCAAUGCAUUCCUAAUGUUUUGGAAGAAUGGGAUAGAGGUCGAUUAGAUGGUAUUCCCUCUGACUCUGAGAUUAAGAAUGCGGUGUGGGAUCUUGAUUCAGAUAAUGCUCCUGGUCCAGAUGGAUUUCCUGGAGCUUUUUAUAAAUCAUGUUGGGACAUCAUAUCUUCAGAUUUGUGCAAUGCUAUCAGAUGGUUUUUCAGAACUGGGUUCAUGCCUUACGGCAUUAAUAAUAAUUUCCUGAUCCUUGUUUCUGCCAGAAUCUCAGUUCUGUUAAAUGGUGGCCCUGUUGGAUACUUUGGUGUGGAGAAGGGUCUGAGACAAGGAGAUCCAAUCUCGCCUAUGCUGUUUAUCAUUGCUGAAGAGGUUCUUUGUAGAGGCUUAUCUGAGCUCCUAGCCAAUAACAGCAUUAAAGCUCUAUCGGGUCCUCGUGGGGCGAUUAUCCCUACACAUAUUCUUUUUGCUGAUGAUGUUUUUAUCUUUUCUAAUGCUUCCAUCAGGAAGCAAGCCAUUGCAGAAGAGCUUGGUAUCUCCAUUUGUAACUUCCCCACCCGCUAUUUGGGGGUCGAGAUCUUUAAGGGAAGGGUGAAAAAGGAGUCGCUAAUCCCCAUUCUGGAUAAAGUCAAAGGGCGUCUAGCAGGAUGGAAAGGGAAGAUUUUGUCCAUGGCUGGACGAGUGGAAUUGGUCCGCUCAGUGAUCUUGGGAAUGAUGAACCAUAGUUCAGCUGUAUAUUGGCCUAAGGAUGAAGGUGGUUUGGGACUGAGAAGGCUCAGAGACAUAAACAAAGCCAUGCUCUGUAAUAUGGUCUGGAGGGUCAAGCAUGAGAAUUCCUUAGCAUGCAAAUUCUCAAGGGCGAGAUUUUUGAGGGGUGAUGGUUCCUUCAAAAAGUCCUAUAAGCCUUCUUCGAUUUGGCCAAGCUUUAGGAAGAUGUGGGACUUCAUGACCACCAAAGAAGCCUGGAUGAUUGGAAAUGGGGACAGCAUAAAUUUCUAG